AUGGACGAAUACCAAAUCCCGGCCUGGGACGACGGCCAAGGCAGUGACCUUGAACCAUGCGCCGCAACUGCCUCAUUCCUACUCUACGCACAGCGAAAUGUCAUCCUCGUGCUUCAUCACGACACUCUGUCCAUCGAACGACGAUUCGAUUUGCACCGGGAAGAUGUGCUGUGGAUAGCAGUGGACAAUGUCAGCGAACGAGGUUCCGGAAGAUUGGCUGUGAGCUUUGAUGCAGGGAAGACGGCGAUCGUUUGGGAUAUCCUCACCGGCGUCGAGGUCGCGCGCUUUUCCGCAUACGAGCACAUGAGAGGAAACGUGAUCCUCUUCGAACCAUCCACAUCGGAACACAUUUCUGCGAGAACAAUUUUCGACCCCAUUACCGCAAUAGCUCCCUCUGCCGACUGCAGGACUUUCGCGAUGGGUUAUUUCAAUGGAUCGAUCCUGAUUGCAACCCUCCAACCUUCCUUCACCAUUCUACACACCCUGAACACCACUAGAGCACCGUCAAAGAUCAGUGGUCUUGCAUGGCAUGGAUCUUCGUCAAAGCAGCAGACUGAUAUGCUUGCGACUCAAGCCCAAGAUGGGGAUUUGCGAGUGUGGAGUGUUCCGAAAGGAGAUCAUGGAGCUGCACCGACCAUCAUUCGCGUGCUGCAGAGGCCGGAAUCGCAGUUGGCAGGUCCUUGUUGGUUUGCUUGGUCGAAGAACGGACGCUUAAUACAACUUGCGGAUGGGGAAACCAGAGCGUGGGACGUUCGUACCAAAAAGGUCACUUACGAUAUCAUUCCAACGAUUCAGGGCGUUGUGGGAAUGGCCAACUAUGGACCAACAGCAACUUUGUUCACCUUGGGGCGAAAUCACACGGUUCAACAAUACGACAUCAACCCGAACACAAGCCCGCUGCAAGUAGCAACAGCGCAGCAUGCGCCCGCCAAUACUCCUCCUACGCCUCCGACGGACCUUUUGAAUGAGAGGACGAAGAAUGCAAUUACAGAAGGUCAAAUCAGUCUACCUGUGGUGUUUACCGAUGGCGAAAGCAGUGCCGACGAGGGAGCAACCAUGUCACCUUUGCAAAGGAUCGCGCUGGAGAUGGACUCGCUCGAUGCCAUGGAAUCUGAGAUUCGCGACAAGGUCAUGCCGCUCAGCCCAUCAAGUCACGGCGGAUCUGUCAGCUCACGAAGUUCCGGGAAGCCUUCGCGCAGGCAACGGAAAUAUUUGUAUGACAAGCCAGACUCUUCUCGCGCAUCGACCAAUUCUGGCCACGAAGGCACGGAGUUCUCUUUUGGAGGACCAUCUCAGCUGGGCCGCGAGAGCAUGUCAAUAAGAUCUAGCGCAUCCUACACAUCAGGGACACAUCAUGGCCGUCGGUCGUCUAAUUUGCGCAGAGAAGUACUGCGGAGUCCGGAGGAAACGGAGGAGACACAGCUGAUGGAGCUCUUCCCAUUCACGAAAGCCCGGCUUCGAGAAGUGGCGUUCAGAACUCCUCAUUACGGAGAAGUUGCUCGCACUCCAGACCUUUUGCAGCGAGAAAUGUUGAGUGUUGUAUUCGGCUGGAAUGAUGACGCUCGCAGCCUGAUUCACGAAGAAUUGGCGAGGCAGCGGCCUGGCUCAGCCAGUGCUGUGCUGCUAUCGAAAUGGCUGGGUGACAUUGGUGCCGACGAGAUGGCUUCUCUUGUCGGCUCGGAAUCAAUGACCUCCUCGGACUGGAUGCUGCUUGCGUUAAGCUCCAUUGGAUCGGACUCCAAAAGGAAAGUCGGCGAGGCGUUCGUACAACGCUUGCUGGAGAAGGGCGAUAUUCAUCCCGCGGUGGCAAUCCUUCUCGGACUCGGCGAAUACAACGACGCAAUCGAGGUGUAUGUGUCCCAAGCUUACUUCAUGGAGGCUGUCCUCCUGACCUGCCUGGCAUGUCCGAACGACUGGGGCCGGAUAUCGCACUUGCUCAGGAAGUGGGGCGAGAACGCAGUGAUGAAUGGAGAGGCCGAACUUGCCGUACGCUGUUUCUCAUGCACGAGCAUUCAGACUUCAGAGCCGUGGACUUCUCCACGAGCGCAACAUGAGGUGUUCGCGGCGCAACAGGCACGAGAGCCUCAGAGCGCUGUGGAUCUUUCCAGCCCUGUGUCGAUUCCCUCGCGCUCUGGCUCUGGCUCUGCCCGGUUGACCACCAAAAAUGCUUCCCUCAAAUUGAUCACCACCUUCGGAGACAAAGGCGUGCCACUCCAGACUGGUGCUGGAGGAGAUCCACUCACGGUCGUCGACCCAGGAACUGUAACCGCAGGCGUCACUCCAAUCCAACACUCUGCUUACCCAAUGUCUCCUGGAGGCCUGGAUCCGUGGCGACGGCGUGACGGUCGCAUGACUCGAGAUGCCACGUCUGCCCGGACAGCUACACCUGGAGGCAUGCGGAGGAAGCGUUUACCGUCUCGGACUGACAUUGAGAGAGCGAAGCAAGAAGCUGCUGAAAUGGCAACGCCUCUAACAGCAGCUCGCGACUUUGCCACCCAAACGACACAAAGUAGGACAAGCAGCAGACGGACAUCCUCUGUAAGCAGCGCUAGCCUGCCGGAUCCCACGACUGCUCUACGGCCCGCUGUCUACGACGCAGAGAAACUUACUCCGCGAGCUUUUGGCGACGCUGCUGAGCACUUACCCUCUCCGGCCAAAGGUGUCUUUACAAGACUGCGCGAGGAGUCUCGACAGCGAAACUCCUCUCGCGAAAGAAAGCCAGACUAUCUUGCCGUACAAGUCAUGGAUACUGUGUAUGCUGAGACACGUUCGCCUAUGACUGCGGAUGCUGUCAUUUCGCCUGGCGGAGCUUUACAAGCCGGGACUCUCAGUCCGCCUCUGACCGGCGGAAGCUCGAAAGCAAGCACCAAAGGUCGAUCGACUGACGACAAGAUCAACAGUGUCGAAGAAGCGAGAAUCGCGCGUCGCAAUGAACGGGCAGACAGUCGAAGGCGUGGCGAGAGCAAGCGACGUGCGGAAAGCCGUUCCGGACGCACCUCCAGCCGUAUGCGGGAUGCUUCUGAGAACCGGGGACGAGGUGUGCCUCGCUACAUCCCGCCUGCAAAACGCUCGCCUUCUUCGCCUGUGCCAAUGUCUCCCGAGGAGAUUGCACAGGCUACGAACAAGGCCAAGGAGAUCGAGCCAGCCACCACUGACGACGAGAACUUUUACAAAGCCGCACUAUCGCCCACCGGAUCCCACAGAAGCGGACGAGACUCCACUCGACAUGACUCUCUCGGCAACGUCGCAGAUGCGGUACCUCCGCCUCUGCGCUCUUCUGGCAGAGCAUCCACCCGGCCGCACAGCCCACCGCGAACGGAGGAGGAGGAGACCGAAGAACGUGGCCGAGGCCGCAGUGCAAACCGAGUCGCAGGUUCAUCCACGCGAUCUCCAUCGUCGCCUCUUCCCGUGCUUUCGGCGAAAGCUUAUGGAGGCGACAAGGAGGAGACGCAAAGCGAUGGCCAACAACGCUUUCGCAUGCGAUCUCAGAGUGCAAGCCGACAGGCUCAGAUUGACUUACAAAGCCGUCGACAAGCCAGUCGUGCCAGAUCGUCCAGUCGCAGGCCGAAGCCAGAAAUUCCGACGAUUGCCGAGUCCGAAGUCACCGACAUUGUACCAGAAGAGCAGGCUUCCCGGACAUCUCAGAACACCGACUCCUCUGUUGGGAAUUCGAGACCGAGAACUUUGAGCAGGAAGGAGCUGGCAGCCAAAGAGCUCGAGGAUCGCCGCCGCUCGCUUGCCAGACGACCAUCAGCGCCAGCCAUUCCUCUGCCCGAGCAUCUCACUUCAAUCAACAAUCGACCAGGACUUCCGCGAUCACACACUGAGCUUGGUGACAGCCCGACGUCGUACAUGCCACCUAUGUCGAGGAGUCACACGGUGGAUCCUGAUGCGAUGCUCAAAUACAAUCAACAGAGCAAGAUCACGGGCACUUCGACACCCUCAGCUCCUAUUGGCCUUCCUGCUACUCCAAGGGCUAUGCGCCACCCGCGUUAUAUGAGCACUGAUCCCAAUGAACGUGAUGCAGCUCCUCCUGUGCCGUUCAUCCCAGACAAGUUUUCUGAUCUAGGCUCGCUGUCAGGAAGCAGCUUGAGCCAGGUCACAAACUCAGAGCUUAGUCAAGCGUCUUCGGUCAUGACCUCUUCCGAUCAACAGAAGAUAUUUUCCUCUGGCGAAUCAAGGUCGUUUGUGUCUGAAAGCAGCGACUCCAUCGGGCCUCUCCUGCCAUCGUCCGUCUAUGGCCAGAAAGGACCCCUAACACGAGCUGCAACCGCACCACCUGAGCAGCAACAGGCAGCUCACCCUCUCUAUCGGGCUGGCAUACCUUCUACCAGACGUCUAUCGAAUGUUCGCAAGAUCUCGCCACCUGAUGGCCUCAACUCCUCGGAAGGAGGCGAAUCCAUGAGUAGCAUCGACGCUGCCUUGAUUGGAGGCAGUGAUACUUCGAAUGUCAUCAUCAUCCCAGAAAUGCCCGAACUCGCACCUCCGAUGCUCCCCGAGCUGCAGCACUUGAACAUUCCACCUCCACCUCCACCUCCUCCAGUCUUCCCAGGUCAUCAAGCAAACAACUCUUCCGGCAUGAUCAAUAUCGCCAUCGACGAGAACGCCCCAAGCAGUGCCAUGGAGUCUUCUGGACCAACACUGCCUGCACCAAUGGCACGAGACCAACCACGAUCAGUAACCGCCAGUCCCACAUCCCACCGCCGCAACGCACCUUCUGGUGACGGCUUCAGCUCCCGGAUGCGUAAUUUUGGCGAGCGGAUGCGCAGCUCCUCCAAGAACCGUACCAAGUCUCCACCACUUGAUACCUCAUGGCGUCCAGCCCCUUACGAAAGCGUGAAGACUGGGUACGACUACCAUCCCAAGUCCGCACAGCCGGGCGGUCCAGCGCCUUAUGAGUCCAUUCCUGGCCCACCUUCUUCUCACGGUCACAAACGGGCCGGAAGCUUGAACGUCACUCACCGUGCUCAAAGUCCCUACGAACAGGCAAUGGCAGGUCAAGCUGUGAGUCCUUCUACCGAAAGAAUCAACGAGACUGCAGUCCCGCCAAGUAGCCUACCUGGCAGCAGGAGUGGGAGCGUCAGUGGGUACAGGAACCCCAAAGAGAUCAGAGCGAAUAUGCCCCCAAACCAAAUCCAGCAUGGAGUCAAUCCACGAGAUGGAGGAUUCUUGUGAUGACUGGAAAACUCUCGGAUCGGUUCGAAACAACAUGAAAACUCAUUCUUACUGAAUGCAUUAUUCUAUCUAUGCCUUGAUGGAAUAUGAAUGCAUGGCUCAUGAAUGAGGAUGGAUGAAACACAAACCAAACAUCUCGAAAGAUCAGGUAUCUAACGACUACGAUUCUUGCCUUUCUGGAUAUCAAGAUCAAAUCAGCAUUACCAACAAUCAACAAUCUACAGCAUUUUUUUUAAAUCAGGCAUCCAAUUUUUUUUUUGGUGAGAUUUGUUUGUAAUUAGCGAAAUGUUCUUUUUUUUUCUGUAUCUUUUUGGCAUUGCGAGCGAGCGAGCGAGCGAGCGAUGGCGCAUGCGUGUGCGUGUGCGUACUUCUUUUCUCCUUUUUUUUCAGCAUAUGCAUAUAUCUUUUGUCUUGAUUCAUGGAGUGGAUACACUCACUGUACAUCAUCAUCAUCAUCAUCAUCAUCAUUAGCGAGCGUCUUCUCGAUGUUAUUUCGGUUUCUUCUUCUUUUUUUUUUUGUUCUAGGACAGGGACAGGCACUCGUCAUCGGCAAAGAUUUUGUUUUUAGGGGACUGCCUCACGGCAAGAAAGGAAGGAAGAUCUCAGUUUUUUUUUUUUUUUGGUCUUUUUUGAUCUUCGUCGUUGGGCAGUGCAGUGCAGGUGCCAUGAGAGGACGGAAUUAUUGUACAUGCUGUAUACACAGUAGAUUGCAACGAAUGGCAAUGGCAAUACUG